AACGCCUUCUCCACGCUUUACCUCAUCUUCCAGCCCAGACUAUCUUCUCAUCUUGGAAUUGGAUCAUCAAAUGGUGUCCUUGUUUCACGGUGUUUGGAUUUUAAUCAGCUGAUGGGCAGAGGAUGUUACAAUAUUCAGCAGGAUGGAAAGGUAGAAGAAAAAACAGAAAGGAAGAAAAAGUGGACCUGAGAGAUGAACAUUCGUCGACUGACGACUCUAUUGCUGCUGCUGUGUUUGAAUUUGCUAGUUGGCUUCAUGUACAUUCAACCCACCAGAAUAAUGACACUGAUUGGCAACCCUACAGUCAAUGAAACUGAAAUUUUUACAGAAAGUUCCCUUCCAAUAAACGAAAGCCAAAAAGUUCCACAGACACCAGAAAUGAACUUCCCGCUCUUUUUCAACUUCACGCUGAAUCCUUACGAUUUAUGUUCAAAACAUUCCAACAACAAAACGAAGUUAUCUCUCCUCAUUCUCGUUUGCACGGCCAUUCCAAAUAUCAGACAAAGACAAGCUAUCCGAGCGACUUGGGGAUCAAUAGCUGCCGCAAAUAACAACUCGGGUUAUGUUCGACUGGCAUUUUUAUUAGGCUCGACAACUGUUCUCCAAGAACAAGUCGAAGAAGAAUUUUAUCAGUAUAGUGACAUUAUACAGCAGAGUUUCAUUGAUUCCUAUCAAAAUCUAACUUUAAAAUCACUGAUGCUUUUACAAUGGGUAUCACAGUUUUGUCCAAACGUUCAGUAUGUCUUAAAGACAGAUGACGAUAUGUAUGUGAACGUUGCAAAUUUAUUGAAUAUGCUGAUUCGAGUGCCGGUAAAAUCUAAUGUGAUGUACGGAGUGCUAUUUAAAAAAGCUAAACCUAACAGGAAUUCUGCAGCAAAAUGGUUUGUACCAAAGAAACAGUUCGACGGAAGCGUUUUCCCAGAUUACCUUUCCGGAACUGGUUACGUCAUGAGUCGCGAUGUUCUUCCAAAACUUCUUGACGCAAGUGCGGCUCUACCGUUUCUCGUGAUGGAGGACGUUUUUAUUACAGGCUUGUGUGCGAGUGAGAGUCAUGUCAGACGCUUCAACGUCAGAGGGUUCGCUUACUGGAGAAGGCCACCGACGGGCUGUGCUUUUAAGGACGUCAUCACAGGUCACCAUGUCACUCCGAGUGAUAUGAAAAAAAUAUGGAAAGAACUACAAAAGAGACCACUAAUAUGUCGCAAAUCGAAAAAGAAAAUAUAAAACCGAGAUAUUUUUGGUGCAAAUUUUGUUAUCAAUUGCUGAUUGUAAUGUUUUAAUUCUGAGUUAAAAAUAUAUAUCUUCGAGAGAAUUUAUUAAAGUGUUUUAAAUAAUUUA